CGUGCUGACACGUUCAAUCACUCUGCGAAACAUUAUUCAACUGGUCGAUAUUUUGUGUAUUCUCUGUGGAGCUAACCGGAAUAAGUGUUAUGAGUCUUAAUCGGGUAAAUGUUUUUUUUUUGGAAAAAUAGCAUAGAUAUUUAAAUCUAUAUUCCGUUCGACGAGUUUGUGUUUUAAUAUAUAAUGAAAAUGUGAAAAAUCACUCUGGAUAUGUAAAAAAUGGACCAAGUGAAAAUAGCGGUUAUAAUAUUUUACCUUUUGCUGGGAGCGGAGAGCGGAGGAUGUCGAGGUCUUCAUCCCGACGGCGAACACUGGAUUCGUAUCCGAACUCGCCUGAUGCAUCCGACGAACUUCGUCGGCGUUCGAAUAAACGCACAUGGCGAGCGCGAAACGCGAAUCGCCUGCAACAAGACGCUGUAUUUGGAGACGUUUCUCCCUAGCGGCUACUCGCCGGACUAUGCCAUGACGUUACGUCAGGUGACCGACGGCCGGAAGAUACUUCAGGCGGUGUUUCAGGGAGGCACGUUGAAAGAGUGCGACCUCUCGUCAGACUCAAAUCAGAUGAUGGAUUUUAUAUCAUCUUUUAUCAUAGGUGAUAGAGAAAUAUAUAGGAAAGACUUCGGGAACGUUUUUGUAUCUACGUCACUCACAAACUAUACAACCCACAAUGUGUCGCUUGCGUAUUUGACGUUCAAAGAAGCAACAGAACUGAGAGAGCUCAAUUAUUACGUCAAUAUGAAAACGUUACGGAAAGAAUGUCGCAUUUUUUUGGACCAUGCCAGCGCGACAGCGGAACAGGAAUCGAAAUCCGGAAACAUCACCGACAUUUAUGCAGAAAUUAUCGAGACACUCGACCCUGAAAAACUGAAGAGCUACAAUGACAUUCUUCCCGCGCCAAAGAAAAUAACACAAUCAAAAUACCAAGACCACAACAUCUCGAAACGGUCAUCAGCAGGGCCGGUAAAGAAAAGUCAGCGUUCGAAACGCGGCGCGUUCGAUUUCAGCAGCGUUCUGAUCUUUCCUGGCACAAAAUGGUGCGGCAAGGGCGACCUGGCGCAGUGCUUUGAUGAUCUGGGGGACGAUCAUGAGCUUGACAUGUGUUGCCGCGACCACGAACUGCUGUCCCCUCGUCAUCCCGCCGUUCACUUCACGUCACAACCUCUUCAACUACCGCUUUCAUAGCUUGCUGCAUUGCGAAUGCGAUCAGCGGUUUCGUGGAUGCCUGCGUCAGUCCGUGUCCUCGAUGGCAAACAUGAUCGGCAAGAUCUACUUCAACAUUCUGGGCAGCAAAUGUUUCACGUUCUCCGAGGAGGAGGUGUGCGUUGAGCGGUCCUGGUGGGGCCGAUGUCUGCGGUAUGAGUCACAGCAGAUCGCCCAGCUGGAGAGCCAGGUGGCCUUUAACGAGGAGCAUGCCUUUGACAACGUUGCCAUUGACAGCAAAAGAAGGCGAAAAUAAAUGGAAUUUCGGUAUAUGUGUUAUAUUUGAAAGGACGUUUAGAUAAUAUUAUUCGAGACAUGGCGAUGUUGCAAAUCAAAUGGAUGACUGUUUUCAAGUACGAGUAAAGGACAAUAUGGGAGAUUCAAGUGCAGGUUGUUCGAAUAUCGGGGGAUUGCAAUGACAUAUUGUUUGACAUAGUUAAUAAUGGAAAUAGUUCAGGAAUUCACACGUCAUUUGGAUUCUAAUAGCAAUGGAAAUAUAGGAAUAUUACAUAAUGCAUUGAUUCUAAAAAGAAAACGACGUUUGUCUUGCUUCGAAUUUCUAGCUUCAAAAGGGAUAUAACAUCAAUGGAAUACAUUUUGAACGUGUUGCUAGUUUACGGAUUGACGGUUUACAAUUAAAUCAGAGAACAUUACCAUAUAAAGUGCAGUGUCCGCGCCAUAUGAUGUAACCGUGUUUCAUCUUCGUAAUCGUUUAACCUUGGACUUGUUCUGCGACUGAAGCAAGGGUAGAAAUCACAUUAGCAGUAAUAACAUAAGCGUAAUUGUAAUAUGUAUCUCGACUAAAACUCUAAAUCUGAUUAUGAUUACCACCACAUAAUGGGGCUUAUCGCAGUAUCGGUAUUUAGGAACGGUAAAAUGAAGAACUUUUUUAUAAACCCCUUAUAGAGAUUGUUUUUCUAACGUUAUUCAAUGACCACGGACGAACAAUAACAUGAUAAUGUAUUAUGAUAUUAAUUGACAAAGGGAAAAACAACGACAACAAGAACAUAACUCAGUAGAAUCCGCUGUUCCGCUUUUAUAAUUGAUUUCGGUGCAACGAUGAACACUGUAUCCAAUUUAAAAAAAAAUACAUCUCUAUACUGCAAGGCAAUAUUCUGAUAAUAUUAGAAACGUUUUGUGCUGUUACCCAUCAAAUAUCUGAUUGUGUAAGAUGUUCAACAUGUAUCAUCUGCGCUGCAAAUGAACAUGUUAUUUUGAAAAGGAAAUGCGAUUUAGUGUUAGCUAUUUCGAAAAAAGAGCUAAACUGUUUAAAGUUUAAUAAUAUGCGGCGCAUAUCCCAUUUGAAUUCUUUUUUAAGACAAAUUAUUCUGCCGUUGAUAAUUUUUUGGUGCUCGUUUAACACGGUAAUAUAAAUAUGUUUUUUGUUGGUUUAACAAAAAAGAUCACAGUCCACAAAUUAAUGUGAACAACGGGUUCUUGUAUUGUUUAUAGUAAAUAUUUUAUAACUCUAUGAAAAACACGAUCGGCCAGUCAUUGUAUUUAUCCGUAUUGUUUACCCACUAUAUAACAACUUAUUUUAGUAAUUCAAAAACAUGUCACCAUCAUACGUAUAUGUUCAUGUUCUUUUCUUAAUUGUAUGUGCGUAUUGUGAGGUGAGCAUUUGAACUAUCUGAUCGGGUAGUUAAAAAUAUAUAAAAAUGCGAAACAUUA